AUCGCUGCUAUCUUCCAUAUGAAAAAUACAAAGAAGAUAGAGGAUUGAGGAUCUGGAGCCUUACAUGCAGAAAAUGAUAGAUACCACAAUGAUGAUGAGAGAGAAGGGGGCAACUUUUUACUAAUUUGUCUGCUAGCGUGUGGUGCGAAUGUUGGAAGUAUGGAAGCAAAUCAAAGGCCGAGAAUGGCGGCAACCCAUUACUCAAUCAUAAAAUCCCGCAGCAUCCUCACCCCGCCUCUCUCCAUUAUGCAGUAACAAGUGCUGCUAGGAUAUAGACACACACACACACACAGGGGGGGGGGUGGUAAUACUCCCAUAGCAACGUACUGUUAGAUAGACAUCCAAUUCCGAAGGCAAGGUGCGUCUUGCUCACCUGAAAAGCUGGGUUUAGCUAAGAGCUGAGUGGGCGUGGAAGUAAGAGAUUCUUUCGGAUGGCAAAGUGGUUUCAUUAGUCUUUUCUGUAUUUCCUUCUUCUUCUUCCUUUUUUUUUUUUUUUGUGCCUUCUAUGAGAUAUGGGUGAAUUUGGCGUUUCGGACAAGGAAGCUGCAAAGAAUAGCAGCUAUGGUGUUGUUGGGCCGGGUGUGACGGCGCAGAAGCAGAACCUCGAAGCGUUCCCUAGUAAGACCAUGAUAAUGAGGGUUGACGAUCCUCCACUAUAUGGUCCCUCCUUUGUUUCUGGUGGAGACGGUGAUGGUCCUAAAACUUGUGAGUCCCUGACUAAUUAUGCAAACCAUUAUCUUAAUGCCGCUUCUGCUUCUGGUGCUGCACUUGCUAGACCCUUGCAGCCUUUUCACGUUUCUGCCGCAACCGCCUUCAAAUCCUCAGCAGGAGGGAUGAUGGCGGCCUCGCUGGGAUUUCCUUUCACAAAAGCACAAUGGAAGGAGCUUGAAAGACAAGCUAUGAUAUACAAGUACAUGAUGGCUUCUAUUCCUGUUCCUCCUCAUCUGCUCAUCCCCGUGCCUGCUUCUCGCUCUCCCUUGGAUGCUGGCUUCAAUCUAAGGUUUUCAAGCAGUAGUGAUGCAGAACCAGGGAGAUGCAGAAGAACAGAUGGGAAAAAAUGGAGAUGCUCAAAAGACGUGGCCCCUAACCACAAGUAUUGCGAGCGACAUAUGCACAGGGGUCGCCCCCGUUCAAGAAAGCUUGUGGAAAUUCAAGCCACCGCCGACAAUAAUCAGCAAAUCAACGGAACUAGCCAUGAUUAUUCUUCUUUAUCUCCUCCUACCAUGGCCAUCUCUCACUCCACAAUCCGUAAAGGUGGGUGUUCACCUCCGUUUCUUGCGUCUGCCACCACCAGUCAGCCACACUAUGGAUCUUCCCUUUCUCUAGAUAAGCUUGGCGUCAAAGCUGCAAAUUUUGAUUCCCUUGCUUCUGUUCCGAGAGGAUUGGACUGGAUGCUGAAAGGAGACCCUAAUCCCAUGGAUCCACAAUGGCAUCCGCCGAUGCAGAACAAACGGGGAUCGAAUAGGGGAAGUUGCUGCAACAAGGACGCCUCAAUUUCAAGUACUCAUUCCAAGGGCCCUCUGUACAUGAAUCCUAACGGUGUUUUCAGCUGUGAAGUAGAGCAACACAAGAAGCGCUCCCCUCUGUACCUCAGCCCUGUUGGAGUGCCUCUGGAGAAUCCUCGGCGGGUAAAACCAAGGGCUUUCAUUGAUGCUUGGUCGAGCGCGCAAAUCAAUGGCAGCAAAGGGAGCUCUGUUGCAUCAAACGAUAGGCUAUCGCUCUCUUCGCUUGAUCUGCCGGUGGGUAGUGUGGGUGUGGAGGAAGGCACGGGUUCUGUUCGUGUGGGCUUGGGCCAUAUGGAUUCCCCUGCAACCUGGGCGGCAGGCUCAACACCUGGGGGCCCACUUGCGGAAGUGUUGAGGCCCAGCAAGGUUUGAGAGCCCUGUGGGAACGAUGGCGUCAUCUCCAUCAGAAGUGGCCUUGCUUGUUUUAAAUUUAGUCACACCGAAUUGCCUUGUUCAUUAUAUCAUAUUCCCCACAAAGGAUUUGGGUUUUGGACUGUGUUUCUGGGCGAAUAGAAUAUUUUCUGCAACAUUUUCUCUCUCUUGUUGGAGUAAGGCCGUCCCGUGUCGUUGACAUACUAUAUCCUGACCUUAGCCAAUGCCGACUAUCCGUUCGCUCCCCGGCCCCCAAUUUCUUUUUUAUUUUUUGAUCAAAAAGAGCAAUCAGCUUGCUAAAGCGUAAUUUUAUGAAUUCUCAGCAGCUUCUGGGUGCCCGUCUGUUUAUAUCCA